AGGGACCCCGCCAGGGCGCUGCGACGUGCCCCCGCCAGGGCCCCCCCGCGGCCGCGGCGGCGCGCGGCCCGCCACGGUAUGCGCCUGCCGGGCCUGCCCAGGGCGAGGCCGGAGGCCGUCGGCCUCGACGGCCACGGGCUGCGCGCCCACUCGAAGGCGAACCAGCGGCAGGUGCGCCGUGGCCUGCAGCGCGGCGUGGCCGAGUGCGUCCUGAAGGACAACAGGCUCGUGUUCACCGACGUUCGAGGCAAGCAGGAUGUCGAGCAUGGAACUCCAAUGACCGACAGAUCCCUCAUCCGGUGCUACUCCAUCACCAAGCCGAUCACGGCGUUCGCCUUGCUGGCCCUGUGGGAAGAGGGUAAGCUGGGGCUCGGCGACCCGGUGGCGAAGUACAUCCCCGAGUUCGCGCAGAUGCGUGUGGCCUCGAAGCGGCACAAGCCCGCCCGCGCCCGCCGGCCGAUCACCCUGCGGCACCUGGUGACCCACACCUCAGGC